AUGAUACCGCGAGUCGUUAAUUCCUUGAGGGCUGGACGUCCGUUUAAGUUCGACAACGGUCAAAGUGCAUUGAAAUGGACUAUAGGAUUGGGGACCGUCGCUGUCGCAGCGGCCACAGCGACAGGUUUUAUGUACCAUAACCGCACGGAGGAGUUAUCGCAGAAUAAAUUCAUCAAGUAUAGAGUGUCCUACAACAAGCCAAUUGAUCAAGACCAUUUUUUCUUAGAGCUGUCGCCGUUGAAGAGACAGAAAACGAAUAUAUGGACAGAUUUUGGGGCGAACAAAUUAUGGUCAGUGGAAGUCAAGCAGCCGCAAAUAAUGGUCGCCAGAAGCUAUACACCUUUGCCACUGGAGCACACGGGAAACGAUCAAUUGCGCGUUUUGUCAAACAACGAUUUUGGUGAGGGGAAGCUAUUUUUCUACAUUAAAAGAUAUUCGAAUGGAGAAGUGGCGAGAUGGCUAAGUGGGUUACCGGUGGACCAUAUUGUUGAGAUUCGCGGGCCGUAUGCGGACUAUGUGUUUCCUAACCUGGACGAAGACGACACUGUAGGCUGCGAUAGACGGUUUUUGAUGGAAGAGGGCGAUUCCUGGUCAUGCAACGCCCAAUAUCUGCAUCGUCCUUUUGAUAUUUCCAUGUUCACCGCUGGCACGGGGAUAGUAACGGCUUUACAACUUGCACUGAAGCCAAAUCCAUUUCAAGGCAACAUAAUGCUAUUUCAUUCGUGUGGUAACCUAUUAGAGCUGGGCCCGUUGGCGAACUUCCUGAUAAAGCUCCAGUUGCAUGGGAAAUUACAACUACAUCUUUUCGAGUCACAGAAAAACACAGAUUUACGAUCAAAUAUCCAGCAGACGCUUUCAAUGAUUCCCCCACCCUCUGUUUACGAUCCUGAGGCUCCUUUUGAAAAUCGUGAUCAAUUUAUGCCGGUACUUUCUCUAGUGUGUGGCUCCUCUGGAUAUAUUAGCACUGUAGCGGGCCCAAUGCACAGUCUAGAACAAGGUCCAGUAGAAGGGUUAUUGAAGCAGAGAGAAUGGACAGACGAGAAUGUAUAUAAACUUAACUAA